AUGGCCACGUUACAGUGCAGCUGCAAUUCUCUUGCGCUCAUCAAACCCUGUUGCCCCAGAAGAAGAGGACCCUUGUUACAACCCUUUUCUUCAUCUACCCGUUUUGUUUCAAGCACUUCUCUCUGCACUCGUUCCAGUGCCUCAACUUCAAGGUGGGGUUGUGUUGUUUCUGCUGUUGUCGCAGAAGAGAACGCAGUUGGCUCCGCUUUCUCUGCAGCUGAAGUCUUCAAACUCACAUAUUUAGAGGGAAACAGUUGGCUCUGGAAUGUGGGUGGGACAAACAUAUUGGUUGAUCCAAUUUUGGUGGGUAAUUUGGAUUUUGGAAUUCCUUGGCUAUAUGAUGCUGCUAAGAAAGUGCUAAAGCAGUUCCAGCUUAUUGAUCUUCCGGAAAUCAAUUGCUUACUGAUUACUCAAAGCCUUGAUGAUCACUGCCAUUUGAAGACCUUAAAGCCCUUCUCUCAGAAAUUCCCAAAUAUUAGAGUUAUAGCAACCCCUAAUGCCAAGAGCUUGUUGGAUCCACUUUUCAGAAAUGUUACGUAUUUAGAACCUGGGCAGAGCUCUGAUAUUGAAACAAAUUAUGGUUCCAAGGUCAAUGUUAAGGCUACAGCAGGACCAGUUCUUGGACCUCCUUGGCAACGUCCUGAGAAUGGGUACCUUGUUACAUCCCCACAAGGCCAAUUGUCUCUUUACUACGAACCCCACUGUGUAUAUAGUCAAAGUUACAUUGAGAAGGAAAAGGCAGAUAUUGUGAUAACGCCAGUCAUAAAACAGCUUUUGCCCAAUUUUACCUUGGUUUCAGGACAAGAAGAUGCGGUGAAACUUGCAAAGCUGCUUCAAGCCAAGUUCAUUGUGCCAAUGAAAAAUGGAGACCUAGAUAGCAAAGGGCUUCUUGCAAGCUUAGUUAGAGGCGAAGGAACGGUCGAAUCAUUUAAGGAACUUUUAUCAAAAGAAUUACCAGAUGCUAAGGUUGUAGAACCUACCCCAGGAGUACCAGUGGAAAUUGCAGCAAAUUAA